AUGGCGUCUGGAGCUGGAGGGAUCAAGAAGUGUGGAUUUAAUGUAGAUGGCUACAAAUACAGAGAGCAAGGGAAAAAGAAGGCGUCGAAAAAAUCGUUUAAUAUAGGGAUGAUGACAGCACCAGGAGGACUACUACUACUCGGUCGCAGCCUCAAAUCCGAGGUCACGCGAGUUGUGUUCCCAGAAGAUCUAAAAGUGUCCGAUAAGAUGAUAUUUGAUCCCCAGGAUAAAUCUAUUUUGCUAUGGAAUAGGUUCUUUGUUGUGUCCUGCAUUCUCUCGGUAUCUGUUGAUCCACUGUUUUUCUAUCUUCCCAACUUCGAUAGUCGAGCGCAUUGCCUUGGAAUUGAUGUAAAUUUGGGAGUCACGACCACUACUAUUCGGACAAUUAUCGAUGCUUUCUACUUCAUUCGUAUGGGUCUGCAGUUCCGUACAGCAUAUAUUGCACCUUCGUCGAGGGUUUUUGGACGAGGUGAACUUGUGAUUGAUCCUGCACAGAUAGCCUCACGAUAUUUAAGUCGUUACUUCAUUGUUGAUUUUCUUUCUGUGCUCCCCCUGCCACAGAUGGUGGUGUGGAAAUAUCUUCACAAAACGAAAGGUUCAGAGGUAUGGGCGACGAAACAGGCAUUGCUAAUCAUUGUAUUUGUUCAGUAUAUUCCUAGGUUUCUUCGUUUUGUACCAUUAACUUCAGAACUAAAGAAGACGGCCGGUACUUUCGCUGAUAGCGCUUGGGUUGGUGCUGCGUAUUAUCUGCUAUGGUACAUGCUUGCCAGUCAUACUGUGGAUGCUUGA